AUGUCCUUCACGGAGUUCCACAUGAGGCAGCGCGGUCAUGUGGUGUUCUCCAACGCAUUCAUUCCCAUUGGGGCCAGCGAGUUGGACGCACUCCCUGGGCACGCCCCACCACUGUACACAACACUGGAGAUCGGGAAGGACCUGGUGUACGGUAUGGCAUACCUGUACAACACGCCGCUCUUCACGGAGCACCAAUGGCGCUCGCGGGUGACCCACUACAAUAAAAUGAUCGCAUCCCGACCCGUUCAGCAGCAGCAGCAGGGGCGGGAGCAGGAGCAGGAGCAGGAACAAAGGCGACAGUCGCAGAGCGCAGUGGCUGAGGGAGCGAAUAUGAACACCGUGUCGAGAUCCGACGCGCAGGUGGAGGGGUUGUCAGGGCGCCAAAGGGAUAUAGUAGAAACCAUCUUUGACAAGCCUUAUCACGAUACCCUCAUCGGUAUCAAGGUCUUUGUGGACGACGAGCUUGUGCCGGAUCACUAUCCAACAUCCAGAAGUCUUCUCAACUGCACCGCCACCAUUGAUGCAAGCGAGGCGUUCAGCAACUGGGUGUGUGUUCCGAUUGUCCUCAUUGGGUUUCUGAAUAACUUUUUGCUCAGCAAUAUUGCCUUGUAUAGAGUUCUGUCCCUUAACUUCGCUGAAUACAUGUUGCGGCAGCCCAUUGCUUCACAUGGCACAGACAGUCUCGGACCAGAGGCUAAGAAAAACGGUGGUGAAGCGACAGAUUGUAGUGGUGAGAGUGAACAGGCGACGCGGACGUUCUGUGUCCGCAUCGAGGUGGUAUAUGGAUGCCGUUCCGAGAUGAACUUCUGUACGGAGUACAUUUCACGUGGAAGUUUGCAGCUCGUCAUGACAAAGCAGUCGAAGGCGGCGCUAAAGUCGUACGAAGAGAAGCUGCGCAAGUUGAUUCAACGCAGUGGCUUCUCGCGCGAGCGGGUUAUUCCUAUGGAUCGACUGACUCUGAUGUCACAGCAGCAGGGGUCGCGCCGGUGUCUCUUCUGCAAGUGCCCACUGGAGUUCACGUGUACCAUUUGUGGCGCGCAGCUGUGCGGCACGGCCAUGUGCGUCUGGCAGCCGUUCGCCGGUUAUCCGCAUGGCUGCUCCAUGCACAAGGCUCAGAUAUAA